CUCACACUGGAUCCAAACACAGUGCACAGAAACCUACGUCUGUCUGAGGACAACAGAAAGGUCACCAGGGUGUCUGAGCAGCAGUCGUAUCCUGAUCAUCCAGACAGAUUUGACCAGAAGCCUCAGGUUCUGUGUAGAGAAGGUCUGACUGGGCGAUGUUACUGGGAGGUCCAGUGGAGCGGAGUGGUCAAUAUAGCAGUGACUUACAGAGGAAUCAGAAGAAGUGGAGCUGACUCUCUGCUUGGAAACAACGAGCAGUCCUGGAGUCUGAGGUGCUUUGAUGACAGAUACUCUGCCAGACACAACAGGAAGUCCACCAACAUCUCUGUCCAUUCUCAUGGAUCUAACAGAGUAGCAGUGUAUCUGGACUGCUCUGCUGGAACUCUGUCCUUCUACAGAGUCUCUUCUGACAGACUGAGACUCCUCCACACCUUCAGCUGCACCUUCACUGAGCCUCUCUACCCUGGAUUGGGGUUCUGGUUUCCUGGGUCUCGUGUGGUUCUGCUGACAGUUUCAUGAGAAAAAAAAACAUUGAAAUGAUUGUAGGACAGAGUCCUAGCUUGUAAUCAUUUGGAAAGUUUUGUAAAAAUACUUUGUACUUUUUAUCAAAGAUGGCAGUAGGAGUGGAUGUGCGUGUAGCUCCAUGCCAUGGGUCUGUCUUGCUGAAAGUCUACACUAUUCUCUGAAUCACGAAAACAGUUCAGCCUAAAAAUUCAAUUACUGCACCAUCUGAGGACUAAUUAACCACACCAAACCUAUGAAGGUGUGUUGUCUUGCUGGUCAGUGUUUGGAACUUAACUGUGUGUCAUAGAAUCACAAUCAGAAUCAAGAGCAAAUUUUCUGAAAUUCAGGAUGGACUAUAUGGAGAAUAAAAAACUGCCAGUCUAAUCUGCUGAUUGUCAAUAUCCCUGACGGCGCGGAAGGAAGGGACAUGGUCGCAUUUGCCAUCCAACUAUAUUUAUGUGUGUGUGUGUGUGUGUGUGUGUGUGUGUGUGUGUAUGUGUGUGUGUGUAAAAAAAAUUCCCCACUUUCCCUGUUGGGCAGUCUUGUGUCUCUUUCAAGCUGGGUUCCUCUCCCAGACGCCUGGGUUCCUGGGUUCCUGAGGGUUCCUGGGUUCCUGAGGGUUCUGUGCAGUACCUCA